CGCGUGUUUGAUUCUAAAACUGACUUGUAAUAGCUACUGUAGUUUCAUUUUCAAGUAUUUUGUUUGUUGUGCCAAUCUUCCUGGGUAGUAUUCGUUUGAGGUAUAAAAAAAACUUGGAGCAAUACUUUGUAAAAUGGUAGGCGUGAAGGUAAUCGGGAAUGAUUCAGAAUUCCAACCUGAACUUACAAGCGCCGGCUCAAGACUCGUCGUAGUGAAGUUCACAAUGGCCGGGUGUCGACCGUGUGUUCGAAUAGCUCCUGCUUUCAACAUGCUGAGUAACAAGUACCCACAGGUUGUGUUUCUUGAAGUAGAUGUCCACGUCUGUCAGGCCACUGCUGCUGCCAACAAUAUUUCAGCCACACCCACGUUUCUGUUCUUCCGGAACAAAGUACGGGUUGAUCAGUAUCAGGGUGCAGACGCAUCGGGACUCGAGGAAAAGAUCAAACAGCAUGUGGAGAACGAUCCUGGGAGCAGCGAGGACUCUGACAUUCCCAAAGGAUAUAUGGACCUCAUGCCGUUCGUGAACAAAGCCGGGUGCGAGUGCCUGAACGAGAGCGACGACUACGGGUUCGACAACUGCCUCAUCAAGGACGCCACCUUCCUGGAGUCCGACUGCGACGAGCAGCUUCUCAUUACAAUGGCCUUCAACCAGCCGGUGAAGCUGUUCUCAAUGAAGCUCCAUUCCUCAGAUGUUGCUGUAGCACCCAAGUGCGUGAAGAUCUUCAUCAACCUGCCUCGCUCCAUGGACUUUGAUGACGCGGAGAGGAGUGAGGCCACGCAGACCCUGGAGCUGUCCGACGACGACGUGAAGGAGGAGAGCCUGAUCGCGCUGCGCUACGUCAAGUUCCAGAACGUGCAGAGUGUCACCCUAUUUAUAAAGUCCAACCAAGGAGACGAGGAAACGACAAAAGUGAAUUAUUUGACUUUCAUCGGCACCCCUGUACAAGUGACAAACAUGGGCGAUUUCAAACGGGUUAUGGGUAAGAAGGGGGAGAGCCACUGAGGAGGGAGAGCCCACGGCAGAUCCUGCUGCAGUUGCUCCAGGGACUCCCCCGUUCAGCUCCAGCGUCCCCCCCGACCCGGGCGCUCCCUGACCCUCUCUGCGCCCCGGAGACCCCCGCGGCGUGCGUGGCCCCGGCCCCUCUCCCACUCAUUUUUACUGUCAUCCACCAGAAGCUGUAAAUAAAAACGGAUCCUUUUUCGAAGGCGA